AUGCCGUCCGCCUACCUACAGACAUACGCGCAAAGAGCACGGAGGCAAUCGAACCCUGCCGCGAAGGCGCUCCUAGAGACCAUCGAGCGGAAGAAGAGCAACCUCUGUGUCAGCGUCGAUGUCACGAAACGGGCAGACUUCCUCACAAUCAUCGACAUUGUUGGUCCAUACGUCUGUUUGGUGAAGACUCAUAUUGACAUCAUCGAGGACUUUGACUCGUCCCUGAUCGACCGCCUCAAAGAGCUCAGCGCAAAGCAUGACUUUCUUAUCUUUGAGGACCGCAAAUUCGCCGACAUCGGCAACACCGUCGCCCUCCAAUACUCCAGCGGCGUGCACAAAAUCUCCUCCUGGUCCCACAUCACCAACGCCCACCCGGUCCCCGGCCCAGGCAUCAUCACUGGUCUCGCCUCCGUCGGCCUCCCACUCGGGCGCGGCCUGCUGCUCCUCGCCGAGAUGAGCACCGCUGGCAACCUCGCGACGGGCGCAUACACAGAGCAGGCCGUGCGCAUGGCGCGCGCGCACCGCGACUUCGUCAUCGGGUUCAUUGCGAUGCGCCGCAUGGAUGGCGUCGCUGCGCGAGUGGGCGAGGACGUGAGCGAGGAAGACUUUCUGAUCUUGACGCCGGGCGUGGGAUUGGACGUAAAGGGCGACGCGAUGGGCCAGCAGUAUAGGACGCCGAGGCAGGUCGUGCUGGAGAGCGGGUGCGAUGUGAUCAUUGUGGGGCGCGGGAUCUAUGGGAAGGGGAAUGAUGCGGAUGUGAAGGCGCAGGCGGAGAGGUAUCGAAAGGAGGGCUGGGCUGCAUAUGAAGAGCGGAUCGCGAAAGUGUAG